GGAAGAGCCAUCAGAUCUCCCUGUCCAAAAUACUGACAUCAAGGCUGCUAUCCAUCUCCUGCAGCAGGAAAUCCUAAUUACAGAAGUCCUACUGAGAUGGGAAAAAUCAUCGUUUAUGAGCAUGCCAACUUCCAGGGUUAUUCCAAAGAGUUCACCACUGACAUUACCAAUUUAAAAGCUGUAGAUUGGAAUGACUGUAUUUCCUCAGUGAAAGUCAUUGGCCAGCCUUGGGUGGCUUAUCAACAUGUCAAUUUUACAGGCAACUUACUGGUGUUUGAGGAGGGAGAACACGACUUUGUUGGUAGACAAAUGAAUGACAGGAUCAGUUCUCUGCAGGUGAUCACUGAAGAUCUGCAUAACCCCCAGAUCACUCUCUAUGAACAUGCCCAGUAUCAGGGGAAGAGCAGGGUGGUGAGAGAAGCAACCAACCUGGCUAGGGGAUGGGAUAAUGACAGCAUAUCUUCUCACAAAGUCCAGAAAGGUGUUUGGCUGUUGUGUCAGCACAGUGAUGGAAGUGGCUUCCGCUACAUCGCCCGAGAACACGAACACCUCCCCAAUUACAAGGCAAUCAACUUCAAUGACAGGCUGUCAUUUCUGCGUCCCCUCCUUCCUGGCAAGAGCUGUGGCUGCUAGCCAGCAAAUCCUGCAACGCUGAGGGAAGAUGCAGCCCAGCAAGGAAUUUUGAGACCUAGGUCUCUGUCUACGUUUGCAUUGCUUUUUUCCCCUGUAUCACAGAUAGAGAGCUCUCUCUCACGCUGCUCUGCAGAUUUGUAUUUCCCAGUCCUGCCUUGCACUGUUCUCCCUCCCUAGAACCCCCACAAGAGCAAGAUCUAUUCUAUUUGGUUAAAUGAAAGAGACUCAAAGAGUAGGGACAGGAAUGUAUAACCUCUUGCACCUGCAGCUGGCAUUCUCGUGUCUUGUACUAUGUAGUGUAAAACCAUUGCAAGGUGCUACUGUUGCUAGAUGCAUAAGCAAAAUGUGAGUAUAUAAUCAGCAUCACUUAUUUUGUGUUUGUUUUACAGUGCUUC